UCAUCGAGAGAGACAUCCGUGUGGAGCUGACGUUCAGCGGGUGGUGACAGCGCACCACUACACCACCAUGGCUGUGCUCACGGGACCCUUCCGGCCGGCCUGUUUCGACCCAGCCUCCGUCCGCUCCCUGUACGGCAUCGUACCCAACCUGCACAACACCCAGUCUGAGGAGGACCUCUACAAGGCCGAGAUGGCCACCCACAGGGUAGUAAAUGAAACGUGGCCUCACCGGCCGCAGGUGCUCGAGGUGGAGGUGUACCACUCCCGGACGCUCCUUCACUCAGCCGUCCACCUGUACGCUGAGAGUGCCAAUGGGCGACACCUGGUGGCUGUGUCACACACCAUCGACAACACCACCAUCCCCACACCCCAGGACCUUGCCUACACCAACGAGGGAGGCCACAACUUCAGGACGAUAUCGCUGAACCCGCGUCGAGGAGAGCGAGGUAUGGUAAUCAAGACACACGAAGGAGACUGGGCGCUGGUGACCGCCGAGUGGGCGGGGCUGUGUAAUGGCGUGCCUGCGGUGUCGUCGUCUGGGUCGAGGAGCCAACUAAACUUAGACUCUUCGCGACUGAAUGGCGGUACAUCAACUCGAAACAUGAACGGUUCGCAGGCUACUCUAGUGACAACCGACACCUCUGCAGGCGUAGUAGGAGUAGCGGGAGGAGGCGGAGCAGGAGGUGGAGGAGGAGGAGGAGGUAGCCUCGCCGACAAGUCUAGUAGUGCCGUAGAGUCUGCAUCCCGGCCUGAGGGCCGCGGACGUCCAGGGUCACCAGGACACUUACUGCUGCACAUACACCAGCUACGACAGUUCCAGUAUCGCUCCGUCAUCCUCCCCUAUGAGCGACGCGAAUACACUUUCUGCCUCGGAGGCGUCACCAUUGACAUGGAGCGUGGAGUGAUGGAGGUGGGGAUGGGCAACCCAUCGCUGGUGGAGAACAUCUCUCUGGCCCUGAGUGCUGCUGUUCUCCACGUUCUCUGUCAACCUCGCCCUGACCGUCCUGUCAUCGGCCAGACCAACCGUAUACCUGUGGAGAAGCUCAGCCUCCUUCACGCUCUGGGCUACUACGCCGACUCAGCGCCACACAACUCUUUCCUCAGGUCCUGCACAGGAGACGGGUGUGGUGGGUGUGGUUCAUGUGGGGGCUGUGGUGGGUGUGGGGGCUGUGGGGGGUGUGGUGGAUGUGGAGGAUGCGGGGGUUGUGGUGGCUGUGGAGGUUAAAGAAAUCGAAACUUAGGGAUAUAAUGGAAUAUUACAUAUUUUCUUUCAUGAAUUUCUUCUCUUUCUCCCCGCAUUUGAGGGUAUCUUGUGCGGAAGAGACAGCUGCCAAACACUUUUCAGGGGAGGAUACCCAGAGAGUGGUAUUGCUACUGAGGGCCCUGGCCUCUUAUCACCCCUGUACUCCACACUACUACUUUUUUUCUUACACUCUGUAUCACUUGGGGUUUUUAAUCCUAAUAAUUGUUAUUUAGACUCCUAACACACUACACAAACCACACUCUCAGAAAACAGCAAUGUCGACUUCUAAAAAUCACAACUCUCUCAAAGUGAAGUGUAACUGAAUGCAUGUCAGCACUGAUAUCUGCAAUACUAGAACCUUUAACAUAACUAUAACAGUAAGAUGAGUGGUGAGGCACCAGCACCGUCAACAGUAACACCACUAUUCCUAGGUUACUAUGUGCAAGUACUGUGUACUGCAGCAUAGAAGAUACAGUAUACCUGUACAUAAAUUAGAAUGAACUUGCCACAGGGUCACGCUACAUACUAAAACUCUCUUCAUUAGGCAAGAGAAUUUUUCUAUUGUAAACAUUCUCCUGUCCAGAAAAGAAGAAAAUAUUUUGAAUGCUAGACAUGUUUGUACUGCUACCACACUAGCUGCUCAUUUUAGGUGAUGUUAGAAGAACACACUUGUACUAUCUUCUGUACAUAAUUAUUAAGUAGUAAUUUAUACACACAAUUAAGGAAUGGCGCAAUUCAAGUAUAUGAAAAUAUUAGGACACACAUCCUCCAUAUUUUCAUUUUCUUAUGCACUAAGGUAAAUGUGGGUAUUUUAGGUGAUUAAAGGGAAUGCAUUUUUAAGGUAAACUUAGCUUUUGUUACUUUCACUAUUUCUGUUGAUAAUGUACUGUGAGUUCAUAUUGACUUACUAUGGAGCCAUAUUCUCAUUUAUGUUUCAUCUUUAGAUCUGUACAGUAGUUAUAUUUAAUCUGUAUCAUUGGUGACAAUUAAUGCACUUGCUUGUAGGUUAAGCUGCAGCUCAUGUCACAUUUAUGUCAAGCUUGAGGUGUUGUCCAUUCUUUUGUUUUAAGUAGACGAGUCAGAAUAAUUUGUAAUCCAGACGUUACUAUAAACAGCUCGGUGUUGCAGCCUCUUGUUUCAAGUACAGUACGUAGAUCCCAGCCAUGGUAACUAUCCACGUGACAAGCUCAGCUUGAAUAAGGCUGCUCGGGACGCUUUUUGAUUUUAAUAUUGUAGGAAAUAUUUCAUGAGACAGAAGGAUACAAUAAUAUUCCAGUUUUAUAGGGUGAGUCAGUCUGUUCUACUUGUGUCUGUAUGAUCGACAUGUUAACGUCUCUCCAGUUUCUCAUUACAAGAACAUUUGAUUCUAUACUUGUUCCUGGUGAUGAUGAAUACCUGCCCUCUCACUCCUGUAGUCUUUUAUUUCGCCGUAACUGCCAUAAAUACUCAAAGAUUCCAACCAACGAAAAGGAAUAUUUUUCUGAACUUAUUUAUUUAUGAACGGAAAAAAGAACAGUUGACAACUUUUGUUUUUAAUAUAAAGGUUGUAAGUUUAACAGGAUUAAAAAAAAGUACUGUGCUGUACAGUUUAGGUAAUUGCUAACAAUUUUGCCUUAAGAACUUCAAUAUCCAGCAGAAGCUCCUUGACCAUAAGAGUUACAAUAAAUAUAGAACAAUGAUCUUGCCAUAAUCAUACAAGAUUUUCCUACAAAUAUUAAAACAAUCAUAAACACAACUGUCAGCAGGAGAGAUUGUGCUGUGUACUGUACAUAAAACUAAGGUCAACUAAAUCAAAAUAAGAUAAUUCAAAAUAAAUUUAUAAACAUUUACCUGUACAGGUGUAUUAGGUGAAGGUCUUGUCACUCAUGAUUUGCAUUUUGUAACUAUGAAUAUUAGGGAUUUAAUUUUUACCCAAGUUAAUGUUGCCAUUAUUCUUUUGUUUUUAGUAUAAUGCAUAUUUACAUAAAAAUUCUACUGUAACUUAUUAUUUUUGUAUUUUUUACAAAUACUCGUUAUUCUAAGAGCCAUAAUCAAUGGUAUGGCUAUUGAACAAAUUUUUUAGAUGAAACUGAGCUUUGCAUUUACGAUAUAAAUACUUUUUAGAAAUUAUCAUCAGUACAGCUUGCAUCACCUUUUAUUGGUGUAAAAACCAUUUGUUAUAAUCAUUUCGCGAGCAGAGUAAACGAUAAGAAGUCAACUUGAGUUUACUGGUGGGUAGUGUUACUGUUACUGCCAGGUAGCUUUCUUGCACCACAGUAGCUAUAUUUCUUCACCACCUGCUUCUAAAGUUACAUUUCCAUAUUUUUAUUUUCCUUUUUUCUCACAGAUGGUUCCCAAAAUUGUCAUCAACUUUUUAUUUUUCAUACCUAUGGUACGAUGUGUAGCGGAUAAUAUUCCUCGCCGAAGACAACAAAAAUGUUGACGUAGGACCAAUGUUUCAAAGGCUUGAGUGUUCAUUCUACAUGUGGAAAACUAACAAAUCUGUCAUAGGGUGGGGCGCUAGACUACUUAGCGUGAGUGUGCUACGAAACACAGUAGAGGUACUUAUAGUCUAUAUUUGAAGUUGGGUAUAAUAGUGAGUGGUGGUUAUGAUGCUUUACUUGUGCUGUCAUACUGUAUUGGUAGUUAACAUUCAAAAUGUAGUUUUUAAUAGUAUUUGUUCAAUGUCAGUUGUAUGUUCACUAAGAGCAGUAAUUAAUAAACCCAUUUGGAGAAAAAAUAGACAGACUAGUUAUUCAUUUUAAUUACAACAGGUAGCAUGUGUCAUAAGUGCAGGGUUCAUAUUCCAGAAUUAUGGUAUUAAUAUCAAAGUGCUGUUGGUCUACAGGUGUGUAUGUGACAGAAUAAGUAAGGAACCAAUGCCUUUAUUUAAGUCCUGAUCUCUUACAUACCUAAAGGCUGGCUUGGUUUUCUUCCUUCAGGAAGAAAUAUUUUAUUUUCUUCCUGAAAAUGUUAUAUAUAAGUCAUGAGUAUCACUUGAGUAUCAGUGAGACACAUAAGUUGGCUGUAGGAUGGUUGUGGACAGCUGGGAGUAACAUCCCUUCCUCUUACUAGUGGUGUGGCUUAAUAGACCUGAACAGACCAUGGUUGUUAGCAGGCGUCAUCAGCAUGUUGGUGGCGACCUUAAAGAUAGUCUCCCUUAUCAUGCUGGCAGUAUUUUUAGAAGGUAGAGAAGAGAGAUCAGGUUCGUUAUCACCCAAGGCGAUACACGUCUGGAUGUCCACAGCUGUAAACACACAUUCCUACAUACAAUGCAUAUUAUAUAUGCAGUCUUAAGCCACUUUAGUGCCAGUGGUAUACUUUGAUACUGUACUUGGAAUUACUUUUUAAAACUGAGUAGAAAUUAUGUACUUAUCUUCCAAGAUAUCAAUUAUAUACUGUAAAUAACUCAUCAUGUGUAGGACACUCCUCAAGUGAUUUUCAUGUAUGUACGUGUGUAUGUGGGUGUAUGUAUCUAUUUGUGUGCAACCAGUAACUGCUAUUUUGAAUAACCCUCGAAUGCCUCCUUAAUAACAUGCAAAAUGCAUGAGGAUAACAUAUAUAAUAAUAAAUAUUUAGUUUAGAAACUUCAGCUUAAUCUGGUAAGAAUUUAAGAGCCUGUAAGAUAUGAGUGGUGAUUGAGAGGACUAAUAUCAGUAUAGGACAGAUCUACUUUACUUUAUAUUUAGAGUGAACAGGAAGUAAAAUCCAGGUGGUAUACUAGCCAAAAUAACUGGUAGAGUGAAAGAUAAAACAAAUUUAGAAAAUGACACCUUCCCAGGUAUAUUGCAGCUACCAUGUUAUAAUGACAGUUGCCCCCAGAGAUGAUAAAUAACAAAUAUAUAAAUUAAGAGUACAAAAUAAGCAGUUACAUAAUGUAUGGAUGUAUUUGGAAGAGACAUUUUCUACAGGAGUCUUGUUCCUCCUCACUAUACAGUAAUCUUUCCCCAACAAAGUAUAUGACCAACAUAAGCAGCAGUAUAGAUUUUUGACAACAAUAUUAUCAGUCAUUAACAUACUUUUAUCCAUGUACAGAUUGUAUGCGUUACCCAGUAUCUGAGGAACUCUUAGGAGUGAAGAAUUUCUAAAGAAUAUUUUUUUUGUAUACUGGUACAUAGGCAUGCUAGUAAUGUGUAAAUGGACAGCAUGGUGUAGUUAGCACUAAUUUUAUAGCAUUAGUGACCAUUUGUUUAGUUUUGUUAUAUAAGUAUGAUGAAAACCUGAAUGAAGUGAACACUUGGUCAUGACAACUAUGGAGAGUUUAGGUAUAAGUUGUAAAACACUUGUAUACUCCCUGCUGCUCAGUGAAGAUUUGAGCGUGCUCACCACUUAACUGCAGUGCAUUUCUUCAACCUACUUAGAGAAUAGUGCAGUUCAGUGAUGCAACAAUUUUAAUUAGGGAAUAUUUUGUAUUAUUUAUUUGAUAACUUAAUAAAAAAUUGAAAUGAAUCAUCUUUACUGAGUCAGGUAAGAUGUUGAAAUACAGUCUUUAAUGCAUAAGAUAUAUAUUUAUAUCCAGGUGCAAAAAAUAUGGUUUUAUGAUUACCUCUGAAAAUAUUUCUUUCACCUCAUUUCUUAUUCUCUGAUAACGUAGUAAUGAAGAAUUGUCUUAAAUCUGCUCAAACUUCCAAAGGAGGAGAAACAUAUUGUCAUUAUACAACUGUUAGUGCAGUUCUCAUCAGAAGAUUUUUAAAAUAAAAUAUAACCCUGACACGCUGCAUGACUCGGGUACAUAAUAUAUCCUGGGUGUUAUGCUGCCGAUGAUCUCUCUUUAACAUUAAGGAACGUUUGUACAUGUUUUAAGGUCAUUCUCAGGUCCCCCUCUUUCGGAGUCUUGUGUCGGGGGACUGAGAUAUUAAGCACCUUCCUCCCCCUUUCUCCUGUGGAGCGUCGGGGGAGUAGGGACAAAGACCAAAUAACCCCUCCUCCUGUGUAAUCAUCAGGGGGUUGAGUGAUAGCUGUAGGUCUUCCUGUGUACCUGCGGGAGCUCUGUGAAUAUCUGCUGUGUCCCCUGCCUAGCGUCGCGUGUACAGGGGAUUGGAUGAAA